AUGGAAAACGAUGCAGACCUGGUAUCGCCAAGAUACGGCGUGGCCAAGCUCGCCAGCGUAUUUGAAGAGCGCAUGAACUCUCCCACCGAAGAGGUGACGAAAAUAGAUGCGCCGCGGCGACGAGCAUCAUCGCUGUACAGUCCAAAGACCAUUGGGCCGCUGAAGGAUGGCAGCAGCACGAGGCCGUCGCCACCGCCCCUUAGCCCUGGGCCUCCUCAGCUACCACCGCAUGUCCGGCCGGGGUAUAAACCUCCAUCCUUGACUUCACCGGCCAUCAAGCCCUCGCCACUGGCCAAAAUCGUGCCUGGGUAUGCUGAUAUAGGCAUGCAGACAAGAGUACCGGAGAAUACGAGCAUCGCUAUACAGACGAUAGUACCUGAGGGUACAAAUACGGGCACAUGGCCAAGCACCGCAGAAGCUCUAGGUACAGACAUGUCUACACAGACACAAGUGCCCGAGAACAAGAAUACGCCAACGCAGAUGGAAGUAGCCGAAGACAGAUCCACGAGUACACAGACAGAUUUAUUCGAGAGUCCGGCUAUAGCUACACAGACAGGUAGACCCGAGACUGGGUACAUGGGCACGCAAACAAUCGUACCUGAAAGUCUAAACACUGGCAUGCAAACAAGCCCAUUCGAGCCUACAGAAGUGGCCACACAGACUGAACCUUUUUCUCCAAGCUUGAAAACGAUUUUCGCUCUCGGGCAAUCGGCCCUGGAGAAACUUAAGCGACCCUCCUGGCCAAUCUACGAAAAGGUCAAAAACAACAAAGAGGGAACUGUUGUGGAUGAUGCAGACUUGGACGACACAUCAACAUUGGUCGAGGAAGAAUUGCCCGUACAACUUUUUGGAACAGGCGAGUUCUCUGACCCUAUCCUCCGAGCUCUGCAACUCCAGGACAGCGUAGACGCGAGCCGAGUCGACAGCAAGAUAGCAAUCAAGGAAAGGCGCGAUACCGGGCUUGCACUUUCAAGAGCGACCCAGCGUUGGCUUCGACAACACGAGCCAGGCCAGCGUCAGUGGCCAAGUAAAGAUAUGGAUUCUCCUUGCGCUGUCUGCCAUGCCACGCGUGAAGACGCUGCGCGAUCAGUCUUGGACCGAAAUCUGGGCUUUUGUAGUUCCCUGAACCUCAAGUACAAUGACUCGGAGCAGUACGCGUGGUCACUCGGUCAUCGCUACGUCGUAGUCGAGAAGCAGUACUGGCGACUGCGAUCCGACCAGCUCCCCGCCGAGGUCUGGGCGUCGCGGCUGCUGCGCAAGCACACCAAGGUCCCGACGCCGGCCGUCGCGGCCGCGUGGAAGGAGGGCCACGUCGCCAUCACCAUUACGGAGCGCGCCCGGGGUCGCCCGCUCGCCGAGCUCUGGGAGUCGUACUCGGGCACGCGCCGGCAGAGCGUCGCCAAGCAGAUUGCGCGAUGCGUGCGGCAGUGGCGUCGCAUCACGUCGCCGGCCAUGUCGGCGCUCGACGGGGGCCCCUGUCUCUGGGUUGAUGAUGCCGGGCAAGACGAGAGAACUAUAUUUUAUAGCGAUGCUGCGUAUCGAGACUUUGUGCGCGGGAAAUUGGUCUCGCGAGGGUGGGACAAACUGAUGGCGCAAAUGACGGUGGAUCUGAUGCCGACGUGUCAACCAUUUGUAUUCACCCAUGGGAACCUGACCUUGGAUAACAUUUUUGUACACGAGGGCCGCGUCGUGGCCAUCACUGGGCUUGGCCGAGCGGCGUACCUCCCAUCCUGGGCCGAGUCGUUGGCCACGCACAAUGUCUAUGGCCAAGCAGAACGGGAAUGGAAGGAAAUCUUGUUUAGAUAUAUCGGAUCCGAAGGAGUCAAGACAUACUACGAUAUUUACGAGGAGCUCUUGGGCGAGACGGACAACACUAUUACAAAGAAAAAGACGGAAGCGAUUCAACAGAAGCUUCGUGUGCUGCUUGCUGAAAAGACAGCCCGGGAAACUGCAGGAUUAGAGCACAAGAAUGUAGAGACAUCGAAGAAGGAGGGCGCCGAGGUGGAAUCACUAGAGCAGACUACAAAGGGCAAAGGUACCGAGGGGUCAGAUAAUGCCGACAAAGAGACAACCCGCAAGGACAAGAGAAGGAGCAAGCGACCCGCCAACAUAGUCAUCAUGGCCAACGCCGGCACCCAGACGGAGCAAGGACCUAGGGAUAAAAUAAUUGUUGGACUAACAGAAAGCGACAGACUAUCGAAGAAACCCAUCCCGAAACCUCGUCGCACGCUGGCCUUCCACGGGCUCCCCUUUUCGCCCCAGACGGUGAAGAAUCGCAGCCGAGCAUCCGUGUUCCACCCGGCCGGUGAUACGCUGGCCAGUCAAGUCUACCCCGGCGGCUUCCAUAUCCUGGAGAAAAAGGACGAAAUUGGAGAAUACUGCGCAAUACGGGCUAUUUUCGACAGCCUAGUGGCCCAAUUACCAGAACGGAAAGGAGCCAUGUCGUUUCAUGAUCUCAAACUUCAAUGGGAUGAAGUCAAGCAAACAGCUGGCUUCGAAGAAAAACAAACGAGAAAACACCACUUUGUAGAGCGACUGGGAAAGACUUUGGGUCGGUGGGCCAUGAACCGGCCGGAUCCCAUGGACCUAUGCCUCGGCUGUAUUCUUAUUGAUGGUCGAGAAUGGAUUGAUGGGGGAGAUGACGGAGUUCCUUGGAGUGAUGCUGUUAUUUGGAUUACAACGGUCAAUGCAGGGGGAAAGUUGUUCUUCAACAAUGCAGACGAUUUCCGUGGUCUAAGGCCAAGUCGGCGGAAGUUGUCAGAUCCGUCAUUAUCCCCCACUUUCCAAGCUUCUCCAACUGUUUUGAACCACGUUGAUAAUUCAAAUGAUGGCAUCGGAGAAGACCAUAAAGUUGAUAAAGGCACAGGCAGCAGUGAAGUGGGCAAUAGUCAGGACGGACAUAGGGCCAACACCGAUGAUAGUGCAUCAUGGAAUCAUGUGCGAAAUGUCGUCUUCCAGAUACUCGAGGUAUAA